AGGUCCAGGCCAGAAGGCGAUGCCUCCGCUGAAACCCAAACCUCCGGUGACGCCUCGCUCCAGCCUCACGGCGACGACUCCCCCCCCGCUCCAGAGCUCCCAGCAGGCCUCGCUGGGCUGCAUCAGCCCCAGCCUGCCGCCGCCCACCCCCACCCUCUUCAAAAACCCCUCCUCGUCCUCCUCCUCCUCGUCCUCCUCGUCGGCCGGGACCGGCGGCCAGAUGGACGCCGAGUGCAUGGGAGACGCUCACACGCCUCUGUCGGAUUCGCCGCCGGCCGCGACCACGGCGGCGCACGAGGAGGCGGGGCUAAGCGGGAGGAAGCCGGGACCCAAAGGGGGAAACCACGGCAACGCCGGCUCGGCCAAGGGCUCCUUCCCGUGCCGCUUCUGCGACCAGGUGUUUGCCUUCUCCGGCGUCCUGCAGGCGCACAUGCGCUUCCACCUCGGCAUCCUGCCGCACCAGUGCAACAUCUGCGACUACGUGGCGCCGGACAAGGCCACGCUGAUCCGGCACCUGCGCACGCACAGCGGCGAGCGGCCGUACGUCUGCCGCGUCUGCCACUACCCGUUCACCGUCAAGGCCAACUGCGAGCGCCACCUCAGGAAGAAGCACGGCAAGACGUCGCGGAAGGACAUCGAGAAGAACAUCAAGUACGUCACGUCCACCAUCACGGCGAACCUCGCCUCGGCGAUCACCACGACAUCAACCACCUCCACCACCACGCCCCAGGACGCGGAGACGGGCUGCAACGGCGCCGAGACCACCUGCCGGUUCUGCGGCGAGGACCUGAAGACGUACCGGGCGCUGCAGAUCCACCUGCGCACGCACAACGGCUGCCAGAGGAAGCCGUUUGAGUGCCGGCGCUGCGGCGCCGCCUUCCUGGCCAAACGCAACUGCAUCCACCACCUGCUGAAGCAGCACCCCGAGGUGCAGGAGCGGGAGAUCGAGGAGCACAUCGCCACGCUCCUUCCCGCCGCGGCCGCCGCGGUGCCGGGGAAUCCGAUAACGCUGAACGGGAUCAGUCAGCCGGCGGUGCAGGUGCUCCACGCGGUGAAGGUGGAGGCCAGCAUGGUGUACCCAGCAGAACUGGACCAGCCCCUGGAUUUCUCCGCCAAGAGUCUGGGCGCCGGCGGGGGGGCGGCGUCGCCCGGCAUCAAGACGGAGAGCGUGUCGCCGAGCUUCGAGUGCUCCGUCCUGGACCAGCCCAUCGACCUGUCCAUCCCCAGCAAGAGGCAGCGGAGGGGGGGCGGGGGCGCGGCGGCGGAGGUCAAGACGGAGCUGAGCCUGGAGCACCCGGCUCUGGGUCUGUCCCGGGAGGAGAGGGCUGCGGCGAGCGCGCUGCCCCCCCUGCACCCCCACCCCCAGCUCGGCUGCUACCAGCUCCCCCCCGGGUCCACCCCUCCCCCGGGGUCGCUCGGCAACGCCACGCGAGCCCAGCGCCUCAAGCCCCUGCUCCCCAAACCGGCCUCCUGCACCACCACCACCACCACCGCCGCCACCUCCACCUCCACCUCCUCGCCCUCCAUCAAGGAGCUCCCCCCCCUGGCCUCCAUCGCUCAGAUCAUCCACUCCGUCUCCGUGGCGCCAGACCUGCUGAAGAGAGAGGCCUCCGCCGUGGUGCUGGACCCCAAGCCCCACACGGGAGGCGCUCCGUCACUGGCCGACGCUGCUGCAGACGCCCCGGGACCCUCCGUUGUCCUGGAGACGCCAGGGGACGAAACAUCAGAGGUGUCCUCCAGGAAGCGUCCCAGGAGGAGGCCCGCGGGCCUGGUUCUGAAGGAGAAGGCGGUUGUGAGCGCGGGGGGGGCCGCCAUCGACCUGGAGUCCAGCGGCGAGUUCGCCAGCGUGGAGAAGAUGCUCGCCACCACGGACGCCAACAAGUUCAGCCCCUACCUGCAGCCCGGGGCCGCGGACCUGGGGCCCAAGAGAGAUGACCGAGGAGGAGGAGGAGGAGGGGGAGGAGGGGGGGAGGAGAAGGAGGGAGGAGCGAGGGAGGAGGUGAGGCCGGCGCCGGUGGGGCCGCAGUCCAAAGGGAAGAAGAACGCGUACUCCAACUCGGUCCAGAAGAUGACCUGCCCCUUCUGCCCCCGCGUGUUCCCCUGGGCCAGCUCGCUGCAGAGACACAUGCUGACACACACCGGCCAGAAACCGUUCCCGUGUCCCAAGUGCGACGCCUUCUUCUCCACCAAGUCCAACUGUGAGCGCCACCUGCUGAGGAAGCACGGCGUGACGCACCGGACGCUGCGGAGGAACGGCGCCCUCGCCAAGAAGGACGGAGACGAAGGCUCGCAGGAGAGCGCAGAGAGUCAGUCGGAGACGGAGCAGACGGCUCCAGAAGCUCAAGACCUCAGCGGCGCCAACACCUCCACCGACUCAGGCUCCGCCCCCUCCUCCGAGAGCCCCACCCACUCAGACCAGCAGGGGGCGGAGUCAUCCCAGUCAAGCCCCUCCCACAAACCCAGCCCCGGGUGCAGCCCGGCCGGCGGCUCUGCAGAGCAGCAGGAGACAGAAGCCACAGAGCAGCGUCCGGACCUGCAGGGGGCGCCGGAGACCAGACCACCACACAGCAGCGGCACCAAGGUGGAGAGCGCCGACGACGACGACUGCCACAGCAACAAGAGUCUCGACCUGAACUUCGGCAAAAAGCUGAUCGGCUUCAAGCUCUCGGCGUCCUCGGGCCCCGCUCAGGAAGAACCCCCUGCCUCCUCUUCCUCCUCGUCCUCGUCUUCCUCGUCUUCGUCGUCCUCCUCCACCUCUGCUCCCCGCGUCGCAGCCGAGAGCCCGGAGAAGGAGAAACUCGCCGCCAGGCAGCAGCCGGACUACAAGCACGUGUGCCGAGUGUGUGGGAAGAGCUUCCGUUACGCCACCA